CCCGGCCCCAGAAAAUAAUAACGUGAGAAGCCAAGAGCGCGACCGAAAAUACCACUCGCCCCUUCGCCACCGGACGCGGUCGGAGAUGGCGGCGACGACAGCGCAGCCGCCCUCGCCGCUUCCGCCGGCCGGCGAGGUGAUCGAGGUGGAGAACUCGGAGCCGGGCUCGCCGGACGUCGGCAGCCGAAGCAGCGGCAGCGGCCGGAGCUCGUCGGAGUACUCCGGGUGGGUCUACCACCUCGGCGUCAACUCCAUCGGCCACGAGUACUGCCACCUCCGCUUCCUCGUCAUCCGCGGCAAGUGCGUCGCCAUGUACAAGCGCGACCCGCACGACAACCCGGGACUCGAACCUAUCCGAAAAGGUUUUGUCAGUCACACUCUUGUGGUGGAGGAGGUUGGUCGCAAAAAGGUCAACCACGGGGAUGUUUAUGUCUUGAGGUUGUACAGUAGAUUGGAUCAAACGAAGAAAGGAGAGAUUGCGUGUGCAACUCCUGGUGAAGCUCAGAAAUGGACUGAAGCAUUUGAACAGGCUAAACAACAGGCUGAGUAUGACCUGACAAGAGGGGCUAACUGGAACAGAUUGCAGAGUGAAAACGAGUUUAAUCUCGAUGGGCAUCGACGUCGGGUAAGAAGAGGCUUGGGGAAACUUGUACGCAUUGGCAAAGGACCAGAAAUGCUGCUUCGGCAGUCCUCCGAUCUUCAGAGCCAUGAAAGGGUUAACACAAACUUUGGAGGUGAUACUGGAGAUGCACUUGAAGCACAUGAAUGGAGAUUUGUUCGAACAUUAAAUGGAAUUAGAAUUUUUGAAGAUAUUGCAAACUCAAAGGGUGGAAAGGGGAUACUUCUCAAGUCUAUUGGCGUGGUUGGUGCAAAUCCUGACACUGUGUUUGAAAUGGUUCUCAGUCGGGAUAAGCAUAAGCGGCACGAGUGGGAUAUGUUGAUUUCUGAUUUGGAGUUGGUGGAAACAAUUGAUGGGUACUGUGAUGUGGUUUACGGGACCUAUGAGCCAAAAUAUUUAAACUGGUGGAAAUCAAAGAAGGAUUUUGUCUUUUCCAGACAAUGGUUUCGUGGACAAGAUGGGGCAUAUAACAUUUUGCAGAGUCCUGCUAGUCACAAGCAAAAACCUCCAAGACAUGGAUAUGAGCGUACACAUAUCAACCCCACAACAUGGGAAAUAAAGAGGUUAAACACAUCAGAAUCUACUCCGAAGUGCAUUGUUACUCGCAUGGUAGAGAUCUCCCCAUGUUUCUGGGACAGAUGGAGGAGAAGGACCUCCUCAAAUUUUGAGAGAAGUAUCCCUUUUGCUCUGCUCAGCCAAGUAGCAGGUCUAAGAGAAUACUUUGCAGCAAAUCCAGCCAUCACACCUGAUUUGCCUUCAACAGUAGUGAAGUCAAAAGUAUCUGAAUCCUUGAUCAUCCAGAGUGAACUUGAAUAUUCGGAACCUAAUGAUGAGUUCUAUGAUGCACUUGUUAGAGGAGAAUCCUUUGAAGGUGAUAGUGAUGAUGAUGAUAAUGAUGAUGAUGAUGAUGAUGAUGAUGUUACAACCCCGAAGGCUGGAAAGGUGAAGUUGAAGAACGUAUCAUGGGCCAUUGCAGGUUUAGCUAUGAAGCGAACUAAAGCUUCGCUUGAGAGGAGCGAAUUGGUUACAAACUCUAUUCCCAUAGCUAUUGACUCGAGCCAUUUCCAUGGCACCGUUCGACAAGCGAAAAGUGAAGAUGACCCAAAUUCUUGGAGUUCACCUGGUGGAGAGAAGUUUAUGAUAAGAGGGAAGACUUACUUGACAGAUUACGCCAAGAUUGCUGGAGGUGAUCCUCUUCUAAAGCUUAUUGCAGUUGAUUGGUUCAAGGUUAAUGAGCGCUUUGACUCGGUUGCCUUGCACCCAAAAAGCCUUGUUCAGUCCGAAGCUGCAAAGAAGAUUCCCUUCAUACUGGUUGUAAAUUUACAGGUUCCAGCAAAACCAAACUAUAACUUGGUUAUGUACUACGCAGCAGAGAAGCCAGUGAACAAAGAUUCUCUCUUGGGUAGAUUCAUUGAUGGAACUGAUGCAUUUCGAGAUGCCAGAUUUAAGCUUAUACCAAGUAUUGUUGAGGGUUAUUGGAUGGUAAAGCGUGCAGUUGGGACGAGAGCUUGCCUUCUGGGGAAAGCAGUGACAUGCAAUUAUCUUCGGCAGGAUAACUUUCUCGAGAUAGAUGUUGACAUUGGUUCCUCUUCUGUUGCACGGAGCAUUAUUGGCCUAGUCCUGGGAUAUGUGACAAGCAUCGUCGUAGAUCUUGCUAUUCUAGUUGAGGCAAAGGAAGAGAAAGAGCUGCCUGAGUACAUUCUUGGCACUGUUCGUCUAAACCGUGUAAAUCCUGAGGCUGCUGUACCAAUCUAAGUUAAUUCCAUUUCAUCACCCCUUCUAUGGCACGGUAGUAGAUCUGCGCAAUUUUCUACCAUAAUCUUCAGUUCUCCGAGGUGCACAUUUGUAAGAAGGAAAACAUGGUCACUAUGUAAUGAUCCCAGGUCGAGAGCUGUGUCACAUCACAUGUAUAGAGUACAUACGUGGUGCCUCUAGUGCAUGGAAGAAUACUAGAAAUACUUAUAUCGACAUGGAAGAAGAGUCUAUUGGCUAAUGACAUAUGACGCGAGCAAAUAGACACGGGAAAAGGUCGGUUGUAGAAAAAGAGAUCCAGGAUACUUUUCUUUAAUAUUGCAAAUAAAUAAAUUAUCCAUGAUAUUUGGAAUA